AUGGACGAAGAUGCUCGCGAGAAGAUUCACAUAUUGGGUAGGCAUCAACAGAAUAUUGAAGAAUCAGUGUGCGCCGCUGUAAGGAUUGUCAAGAAGCCUCCAAUGAAAGUGAAGACGUUUUUGCAUUCAUGGAAAGUGGAAGACAAGCCGAAUUGGCUUCACAUUGACUACGCAAGGCCAUUGAAUAGUAAGAUGUAUCUUGCCGCGUGGUUGACGCUUACUCGAAAUGGUAAGUGUUUGGAUGCCUUUAUUGUCAACUGCAGCCCCAGAGAAAUUCGGGAAUCCACGAGUGAUCGUGUUGUAACAGGACGCAGUUCACAGCAAAGCAGUUCCAAGAAUUUUGUGAAGAGCAGGAAUCAAGCAUUUGCGCUGAGAAGGGCAUGGAAGGCAUUGGAAAUCAAGCUACCACGACUACGUCUUCGACAAUAA